AGAGAAUGUAGGUUCAACUCUUUCAUUCAUUUUCCUCCAGCCUGUGACUGACUUGUCUUACGUGUGGCUGCCAGAAGCCUCACCUGUGCGCAGUCAUGAAUCUGUCCGUCUGCUCCGCGUGCGCGCUCCUCCUCGCGCUCCUGUUCGCUUGCUCUGACUCGCUUCCAGAGUCGUCGGGCAGGUCAGCGCGCGCUCCCGCUGCCAAAGUGCGCCUGGCAGGUAACGGCCACAGCGAAAGCGAGGGCCGCGUAGAGGUCUUGCACAACGGAACGUGGGGUACCGUGUGUGACGACGAGGUCGAUAUUAAACUCGCCAAUGUGGUUUGUAGGGAACUGGGUUUCCAAAGUGGCAUAACAUGGGCGCACAGUGCCAAGUAUGGAGAAGGAGAGGGCCCAAUUUGGAUGGAUAACGUGAGGUGUGAUGGGACAGAGAAAACUCUGAAAGACUGCAAAUCGAACGGGUGGGGUGUGAACGACUGUAAGCACUCUGAGGACCUCGGGGUGGUCUGUAGUCCAGAGAGACGGCUGGACCAAGUGCAUCCAGGAACGUCCAGAAGGGGGCACACAAUUGCUCUCCGACCUAAUGCAGUCACAUCGAACCGUUGGCAGGACAUUUACUCCAGUUCAAGGACACCUGCGCAUCUGAGACAAGGCAAUGGGCAUUCGGAGGAUAACACGGGAUGGGAUCAGCUCUCCAGACAGCAGUUUCAAAAUCCGUCUGCCCGCAAGGUGAGGAUCGAAGAAGUGCGCCUGCGGCCGGUUUUGAUGGCUACAAAGAGGCGUGCGCUUAUCACCGAGGGCGUGGUUGAAGUGAAGCACGCUGGGAGAUGGAGACAGGUGUGUGAUAAAGGCUGGAGUCUUAACAGCAGCAGAGUCGUAUGUGGAAUGCUGGGCUUUCCUGACGCUGAGAAGCCCAACAUCAACACUUACAAAAAAAUAUGGGAUAAGAAAGUCAAGGAUUCAUCAACCAGAUUAAGUCAAAUGGCUAAAAAGAAGGGAUUCUGGGUUGAAAAAUUGCAUUGUCUGGGCACAGAACAGAGUUUAGCAGAUUGCCACGCUCAGCUCUCAAUCCCCAGAAGCUCGGGUCCAUGUAAGAACGGUCGGCAUGCUGUGGCCCGCUGCGUACCAGGACCUCAGUUCGCCCGCAUGUCUUCUGGGAGACCUCAGGCCCCUCACCCGGUGGAGCUGCCAGUGCGUCUAAAGGCAGGGCCACGUCUGGGAGAAGGUCGAGUUGAGGUUCUGCGAGAAGGGAAGUGGGGAACUGUGGUUGACCACCUAUGGGACCGUAUCUCAGCCAGCGUUGUGUGCAGAGAGCUGGGCUUCGGCACAGCCAAAGAGGCUCUCACUGGAGCGUACAUGGGCCAAGGAACGGGGCCGAUCCAUAUAAACUCUGUGAAGUGCACAGGCACAGAACGUUCAAUUCUGGACUGUUUCUUCCAGGAAGUCCCUCCCUGGACGUUUAAACAUAACCGGGACGCUUCGGUCAAAUGCAAUGUUCCUAAGACAGGAUUGGAAACCACAGUGCGGCUGGCAGGAGGCAGGGACACGGGCGAGGGUCGUGUGGAGGUGCUCGUGGAGGUCGGGGGCAGAAAGCGAUGGGGAACGGUUUGCAGUGAGAACUGGGGAAUAAAUGAAGCCAUGGUGGUGUGCAGACAGCUGGGCUACGGCUUCGCCGCACGUGCCCAUCAGGACACCUAUUAUUGGCCAGGUGACCCUGCAGCGGAGGAAGUGGUGUUGAGUGGGACUCACUGCGUAGGAACUGAACUUUCCAUCCAGCAGUGUCGUCGUAAUAGUCACAUUCACUGCCCGCGUGGAGGCGGGGCUAAAGCAGCCGGCGUCACCUGUUCUGAAACGGCACCUGAUUUGGUUUUGGAUGCCCAGCUUGUGCAGGAGAGCGCUUACCUGGAGGACAGACCUCUGCACCUGCUCACCUGUGCCCACGAGGAGAACUGUCUUUCCUCUUCUGCCAGCCGCAUGAACUGGCCGUACGGUCACCGGCGACUUCUGCGCUUCUCUUCACGAAUCAUGAACUUGGGCAGAGCCGACUUCCGUCCCCGUGCGUCACGCGAAUCCUGGACCUGGCACCAGUGCCACAGGCAUUAUCACAGCAUUGAAGUCUUCACUCACUACGACCUCUUAACGCUUAAUGGAAGUCGUGUGGCUGAAGGACACAAAGCCAGUUUCUGUUUGGAGGACACCUUCUGCCCAGAAGGACUUCAUAAACGAUAUUCAUGUUACAAUUAUGGAGAUCAAGGGAUUACGGUGGGUUGCUGGGACACCUACCGCCACGAUAUCGACUGUCAGUGGAUCGACAUCACGGAUGUGAAUCCUGGAGACUACAUCAUGCAGAUCGAGGUCAAUCCAUCCCUGGACAUGGCCGAAUCGGACUUUAUGAACAACGUCAUGCGCUGUCGAUGCCGAUAUGAUGGGCACAGAGUUUUUAUGUAUGGCUGCCAUGCAGGUGAUGCCUACAGCGCUGAAAUUGAGGAUUUAUUUGAGCAUCAGCGUCAGAUCACCAAUAACUUCAUCUGAGAGAGGUGAGAGGAGAAAAUGAUCUUCUAGGGCUCCCAGUAAGCGACUCAUUGGAAAAUGAACUGGGUGAUAAAGAGAUCAUCUUUACUGAUCUUAGGACAGUCUGCCAAUAGCACCACUGAGUGGAAAAGAUCUUCAUAGCUAAACUGUUGUAUCUACGAAAUUGAACCUACAAUGUUUGGAAAACAACUGAAACAAUAUACUGUUAUUAGUAUCCAUGGGUUAAGAGUUAUGGCUGAUUCACGCUACACCAAAAAUAAAAACUUGUUGUUGAAGUGUGAAUUUAGGGCCUUUGGGGACUUUGCUUUUAGAGACGAUAAGUAUUUUAAUUGAGUGGAUUUUCAUUCGAAAAAACAUCAUAGCUCGAAAUGCCUAUUGUAACUUUUUUUUAUUUAAUUUCAGUUCAUUUUUGGGGGGUUAUGCACUUUAUUUGACCGUCAGUAUUCUGGUAUACAUGGGCCAGUCAUUAGCAUAUAUCAACACACUUCUGUUUAUAUGUUUGUUUGUUCAAUGUUUAGGUAUCCGUACCUCCCUUUUCUUUAUAAUCACUUGCCAAUGACUUUCCUAAAUCUUAAAGGAGAACAAAGGACGUUGUAUAUGCUGAGGAUUAAUUUAUUUAAUAUCUUAAUUUUCUAGGUGAGAGUUUUAUUAAACGCUUGCUAAAUGGUUGAGUGCUUUAAGAUAGAUGAUGAUUUGAUUUGUGAUUUGUGAUGAAAUAUGUUGCCUUAAAUGCGAUUUAUACUUCUUAGUUUUCAUUUCUGCGUCAUUGUACGCGUUGACGUGCAAUUACACAUGCAGAUCACUAGUAGGCAAUGUCCACAGGUAUGUUACCGUAUCAAGGCAACAGCCGUAAAAAACUUAGCUUGUUGUGUACGUUGUUGGAGAAGCAUCAGCGAUGAUGG